AUGAUAAACCUAUAUCUGGGAAAAUAUUCUUUAAAGAAUCAAGCUUUAAACAAAUCAAUAUCAAUAGAUUUACAAAUAGUUGAGUAAAUUGAAGUAGACGGAUCAGAUUAGAAUUGCCUAACCUUUGGAAUUGGGUCUAAAUAUAGUCCAUUAGGUAAUACAAAAUUGAAGGAUGCCUAUGGGCUAUUUGACAGUAAUUGCUUUUAAAUACUAAAUUCUUUUGAUUAAGUGACUUUAAGUCUCAAUUUUAUUUAGUAUGAUUGCGUCUUUGAUACCACAAAAGAAAUCAAAAAAUUCAUCUAAAUUGGAUUUAGUUAGACUGAUUAGUUUAUAUUUUCAUUACAAAUAGACCCUUCUCAAUAUGAAAAUUUUUGGUAUUUUUUUUAAAUCAUCACAAAUAUCUAAAAAAAAACUUUAGAAUUAGCAAUUUAUUUUUAAAUCAAUUAGAUAUUUAAAGAAACUCUAAAACUUGUCUUCCCUAAUAAAGAUUAACAAUUAUUAUUUACAUUUGGAGGCAGUUUAAAAGAACAAUAUUUUCUCUUUAUCCAGGGAGAUGGAGAGGGUACCAAUAGAUUUUGA